AUGUCAGCUCAGCAAGCGAUCCCACCUGAGCUUCUCAAUUACGAUCAAGGUGCCCCUCUGGUGAUUGUCAGUUCUGUAGCCAUCCCAUUUGCCCUUGCUGUUGUAGCAGUGAGAGUAUGGGCACGGCAUCGAAAGCAGAUGCGCAUUGACAUUGAUGACUGGUUUAUACUAGUCUCGUUGCCGUUGCAUUGGAGUAAUGCUGCAGUAGCAAUCGCAUCUGUUAAAUAUGGUGGAGUUGGAAAACCAUUGCAAGUCAACAUGAUGCAAGACCCAAAUCGGCUUGGAAGAGCUCAGCUAUGUCUGUUCUUGACCGAGUUCGUAUACGGAGCUGUUCUCUGUACCAUCAAAGGCAGCAUUCUCCUCAUGUAUUACCGAAUCUUUCCAACUCGAUCGAUGAAAUUUGGAGGUUACAUCCUUGGCGGAAUUACAUUUGCCUGGUGGAUAGCCUGCGUCUUUACGACUAUUUUUCAAUGCUCACCUAUUGAUAAGGCCUGGAAGCCCUUUAUGCAACAAGGGCAAUGUAUUGACAAGAACAAGUUCUUCAUCGGCAACUCGAUUCCUAAUAUUAUCGUGGAUGCAAUGAUGAUUGGACUGCCCGUAUUCGAGGUUUCCAGGGUCCAAGUCCCGCGAUCACAGAAAAUUGCCAUAGCUGGAAUCUUUCUACUUGGAGGGCUCAUUGUAAUCAUCAGUUGCAUCCGCUUGAAAUUCAUCGUCAGCCUUCUCCAAGCAGGUCCGACUGCAGACUUUACCAAGCUUAUUUCGGCACCCUGGAUUUGGACAGUUAUUGAACCAACUGUUGGGUUACUCUGCGCCUGCUUACCGACCAUGCAACCGCUCCUUUACUUACUCUUCGGUCGAUUCAUCACCAAAGCUACCCAAGAUCGCAGCAAGGAGGGCAUCGUCACCAUUGGUGGCAGCGGUGCUAAGCAGGUGACGCCUAAAAAGGACGGACCUUUCCGAAGACUCCAUGACAACGACUCCGCUGAGGAGCCCGUCUUGUGGCCAGAGGCAUACUACAAUCAGCAGAACACUGUGGUGGAAACUGCAAAAGGUGGCACUGUUGAAACUAUCCCGUUGGGUGCCAUCAAAGUCAACAAAGACAUGAGGUGGGAAGAAUCGUGA